AAAAUGAAAUGCAUUAGAUGCAUCAGAUUGAAAAUAUGUAUUAGUUAUUUAAGUAGAUAUUAGUUAAAUGAUACGAUAUGUAUUAUAUUAUAAAUAGCAUUAAUUGUAUUGGAAUUAUUCGUGCAGAAAUCUUUUGUUUAAAUAAGAUAUGUGAUAUAUAACAAAUAUUACAUACAAUGGAAGAGACAAAUGUGCCAAAUGAAGAAACUUUGAAAGAAGCUAUUUUUGAUUUACAAGAACCAGUAGUGUUUCAUAAUAUUUUACAAGAUGGGAAUGGUUCAUUUAUAUGGCAAUUAUUGCAAUGGAAUUUGUCAGAACUUAUAGAAAAAUUUGGAGAUAAGAAAUUACAAUUUCGAGUUGGAUAUAAUUCAAGAUCUAUGUAUCCACAAUGGGAAAAUCAAUGUCAUACUAAAACAAUGACACUUGCAGAAUUUGUGAAAGAAUCAAAUUCUUCUACUAAUAACAAUAAAUGGUAUUACUUUGAUUACAAGUAUAUGCAUGAAUGGAUACAGGAUAAGCCUGAUUUACUUAAUUCCUUAAAUUGGCAUAGAUUUGGCAUUGAAAAAGAUGGUCAUGAUUCUACUCUUUGGAUUGGAAAUAAAGGCGCGCAUACAAAUUGUCAUUUUGAUUCUUAUGGAUGCAAUUUAGUAGCUCAGGUUCAUGGAAGAAAACAAUGGAUAUUGUUUCCACCAAAUUCGACUGAUAAACUUCGUCCUACAAGAGUUCCUUAUGAAGAAUCAACAAUAUAUAGUGAAUUUAAUUUUUUUUGUCCGACAGAUGUGGAAGAAGAAGCAAUAUUAAAGCUUUCAGGGCAAGUAAAAUCUAUUACACUUGAAAAAGGAGAUGUUUUAUUUGUUCCAAAAGGUUGGUGGCACUAUGUAGAAUCCUUGGAUUUGACUGUAAGUGUCAAUAUAUGGUUACCUCUACAGACAGACAAUAAAGCACGCCUUAAGGAAGCGCUUGUUAAAUUAAUUGUUAACAGAAUUGGUAAAAAAGUGUGUGACAAUCCUGCGGAAAUACAUUGUUCUCUUUCUCAAAAUAUGAAAAUAUUGGAAAACACUCUUUUAGAAUGUAAACAAAUUGAUAGUGAAAAGUUACUGGAUACAAAGAGAGUAAAAAGUUUGGUAUGGACUGUUGAAGAUUUAUCUGUAAAGUAUCCUUUUUUUGUAAAAUUACUUCAUAAUCUGGAGCAAUCAGAGUUACAAGAUUUAUUAAAAUUUAAAAGGGAAAGAUUUUUAACUAGUAUUGAUGAACUAUCGCAAACAAAUAUACCUGCAUCUGUGAUUUCUGUAAAUAAGACAGAACUAUUCUCUCAAUUAUCAAAAGAUAUUGUCAAUACAUUUUGUCAUCCUGAUAUUAUUGAUAAAGCAGCAGAAUUGCUUUUAAAAACUCGUUAUGGAAAUUAAUAAAAAUAUUAUAAUAGAUCAAUAUAAUAAUUUA